ACCCAGAGUGAUGAUAGGCGUGUAGCACGAAAUCCGGUUUUAGGCGGUAAGGGGCUUCGAACUCGACAGCUAGGCAGGCACUCCACCAGCUGCGCGGCGGCAGCAUCCCCAGGUGGAGGAAAGCCCGGUGGGUGCGAGCGAGUGCCGGGUGGACCCUGAGUGACUGGAGGGGCGCUGGCACCUGGCCGCUCCCACCCACUCAAUUGCCGGGGGUGUUUGAGGAAGCACCUUCCAUGCAGGCAGCAGGCGAGUCUCCGCCUCUCGCACCCUGCGGCCUGGCGUCCUCCGUCCUUUAAAGUGGACCCCAAACUCCAGGACCCGGACUUCUGGGCCAGCCUCCAUGGCCAGGUCCCGGGCUUGCUGGACUGGGACAUGGGCAACGAGUGUUUCUUGUCCUUCACCACGUCGUACCUGCCCCUGUCCACGCAGAAACUUGCUAAAUACAGACUCCAGCUAGUUGAGCCACCAAGACUGCCUUUGGAAAAAAAACCCAACCCUGAUAAAGAUGGUCCAGACAUUAAGCCCAAUCUGUGGAUGUGGGUGAACCCAAACAGUGUGUAUCCUCCUGGCAAGCUGGAGGUCAAGAGACCUAAAAAGCAGGACCUGCUGAGAGUGCCCCCUGCUUGCCAUGCAGCCAUGAAGGAGGGAGAAGCCAGCUGUUCACAAGGUUCAGGGGCACAGUCAUGGCUGCCUUCUUCCAGCCAGCCAUCACGCCCUGGCAAGCAGAAGACGAAGCAGAAGCACGUUGCCUCUGCCCCUAGCACCUGGGAGGAGCUUACAGAAGAGGAGGAGGCCAAGGACCAGGAUGACAGCUCCUCUGUGGCUCUCCCAUCCCUUCCCACAAGGGCCCCCCUCCAGAGUCGGAGGAGGCUUCAACAAGCUCUCAGCCCUGAGGGGAGGCUCUGGUCCCGCCCCCCUCUCAAUUACUUCCAUCUAAUUGCCCUGGCACUCAGAAACAGUCCCCCCUGUGGCCUCAACGUACAGGAGAUCUACAGCUUCAUUCGAAAGCACUUCCCCUUUUUCCGGACAGCUCCAGAAGGCUGGAGGAAUACAGUGCGUCACAAUCUCUGUUUCCGAGACAGCUUUGAGAAAGUGCCGGUCAGUAUGCAGGGUGAGGCCAGCGCUCGACCUCGAUCCUGCCUUUGGAAGUUGACUGAGGAGGGACACCGCCGCUUUGAGGAGGAGGCCCGAACCUUGGCUUCCACUCGGCUGGAAAGCAUCCAACAGUGUAUGAGCCAGCCAGAUGUGAUGCCCUUCCUCUUUGACCUUCAAGAAGGAUCAGCCAUGCCCCAUUAAAUAGUUUCCUUCAG